AUGGUAGCCACCGUCCACAACUGCAAUUUGGACGAGCACCUCUGCAACAUUUCGCUCCUCCAAAGUCUCGUAGAUCGUUUACCACCUAUGAUCCGGUUGAAUUGGGCAACCUAUCGUCAAGGAUUAUUCCGAGUUACCCUGACGGAAUUCAGCUCAUGGUUAUAUACUCUUGCCGAGGCGGCUAGCUCGGUAACCAUUCCACAAAUACAAAAUGAGCCGCGGCGUAUUCGAAAAGAUGAUGGUUUUUUAAACGCACACACUGAAACUGCUCCAAAACAAAGCGAAUGCAAAGUUUACUCCCCCGAUAGCUCCGGCAUGUGUAUAAUUUGUCAGGGGUGCUGCGAGAGCGUCGAUGUAUGCAAGCAUUUUCUAACACUGGAUCAUCCUUCACGGUGGAAUCUACUACGGGAGCACAAAUUAUGCCGUUGUUGCUUAGGCAGGCAUCAAGGACCGUGUAGAUUAAACAGAAAUUGUGGUAAAAAUGGAUGCGCGUUCAAGCAUCACAGAUUAUUGCACAAUGAUGCCAAGGAUCACCGAACUUCUUCCGUUAACGCGAUUGCGAGCCGACAUGAAACUGCUAACCAUGCAAUCACUCAAAGCGACACUGUCCAUACCUGCAAUACGCACCGAGCAAAUAGUAAAUCCGUUCUGUUUCAGUACAUUCCAGUUAUACUCCAUAACCGUGGAAUAGAAAUUCGUACUUACGCGUUUCUCGAUCUUGGUUCUUCCGUUACGUUGCUGGAGGAAAGCCUUGCAUCGAAGUUGCAAUUGAAGGGGCGAGACUAUCCAUUAUGCCUUCGAUGGACCGGCGAUGCUUGCCGCUACGAAGAUUCAGCCACAAUUGUUGAACUGGACAUCUCUGGGACACGCAGCGAAAUGAACACACAUCGUCUUACCGAUGUGUUCACAGUUAAAGAACUAAAGCUACCGUGUCAGUCUCUACCGUUCAAAACAAUUUCAAAAAACUAUGUUCAUCUUCAAGGAAUACCAGUUGAUUCGUACAGUAAUAUUCGACCACGAAUUCUAAUUGGGAUGAAUAAUGCACGAGUAGCGCAUCCCAUAGAAUGCAAGGAAGGUAAAGAAGAUGAACCUUUAGCUGCGAAAACGCGAUUGGGCUGGAUGGUGUUUGGAACGUGUGUUUCCACUGACUCGUUAACUUCGACAAACAUCCCACAUAGCUUCCAUAUGUGUCAUCACGUAACGGAUGAUGUCGAACUCAACUCUGCGGUAAAAAACUAUUUUGCGAUGGAAAGUCUAGGCAUUUCGAAGCCGGAGAUGUUACUUAUGUCGACUGAAGAUGAACGUGCCUUGAAAAUGAUGCAUGCGGUAACAAAAUUCGAGGACGGAAGAUACUACACCGGAUUGCUGUGGAAGUAUAAUGAUAUCCAACUUCCCAAUAGCAAGCCCAUGGCCAUACGACGUCAUCGUUGUUUGGUUAAAAGAAUGCAGCGAGAUCCUGGUUUAGCUUCGACGUUGAAAGCAACGAUGAACGAUUACUUGUUGAAGGGAUACGUUCGUAAGUUAUCUGUGGAAGAACAACAAGAAACUAAAGGUCGCGUUUGGUAUUUGCCAAUGUUCCCCGUUUACAAUCCGAACAAACCUGGCAAAGUAAGAAUUGUUUGGGAUGCAGCAGCGACCGUUGGAGAAACUUCGCUCAACAGUGUUCUCAUGAAGGGACCUGACCAAUUAACACCGUUACCUUUCGUGUUGUAUCGAUUCCGUGAAAAACGUGUGGCCAUAUCUGGUGAUAUUGCGGAAAUGUUUUUACGCAUUUGUAUGAAUACAGAUGACCAGCAAUGCCAGCGCAUUUUUUGGUGUGAUCAAGAUAGUGAGAACAGUGAAUACGUCGUUACUGUAAUGACAUUCGGAGCCAAAUGUUCACCCAGCUGCGCUCAAUUUGUUGUUAAGAAAAAUGCCGCAAGAUUUCAAUCGGCAUUUCCCGAAGCCGUUGAAGUGAUAAACAAAGGCCACUACGUCGACGAUAUGUUGGCUAGCGUCGACACCGUAGAAGAUGCCGUAAAACUCGCAAAGGAUGUCCGUUACAUACAUCAACAGGGAGGCUUCACUAUGAGAAACUGGAUCUCUAAUUCAACGGUCGUUACACAAGCAUUAGGUGAAACGGAAGCAACGGAAAAAAGGCUGGAUGGAGACAAGGAUGCAGUUUUGGAGAAGGUCCUAGGUAUGUGGUGGGACACAAAAACGGACGAAUUUCGCUACAAGUUGUCGACGGAACGGAAUCAGCAGCUACUAUCUGGCAGCAAACAUCCCACGAAACGUGACGUCCUGCGCGUGCUGAUGUCCGUCUACGAUCCUCUUGGAAUGUUGUCUAACUACAUGAUACUUCUGAAACUGCUUUUCCAAGAGAUUUGGCGAGAAGGUAUUUCGUGGGACGACGAGAUCGGCACAGAGCAGCAGGAAAAAUGGAAAAUCUGGCUGCAGCUUCUUCCAGAGGUGGAGUCUGUUAGAAUACCACGAUGCUAUCACCUUUCACCAUCGAGGGGUACAGAACGUAUCGUGGAGCUCCAUACGUUCGUGGACGCAAGUGAACUCGGUUACGCAGCAGUUUCUUAUUUUCGAUUCAUUGAAAAAGAACAAAUUUCAUGUUCGUUAGUGGGGUCAAAGAGUCGGGUUGCACCGAUCAAAUUCGUAUCGAUUCCUCGUCUCGAACUCCAGGCAGCAGUAAUUGGUGCCCGGCUAGCAAAAAACAUCGAGCAAGGACAUUCUGUGAAGAUUAGCCGGAGAUAUUUUUGGACGGAUGCACGAAAUGUAAUGUGCUGGCUUGAAUCAGACCAUCGCAAGUAUUCGCAGUUCGUUGCGUUCCGCGUUGGCGAAAUUCUUGAAACAACAGAUGUAUCGGAGUGGCGAUGGCUUUCAGGAAAAUCUAACGUAGCUGACGAAGGUACAAAGUGGAACGGUACCCCUUGUUUCGAUUCCGACUCUCGAUGGUUCUCUGGGCCAUCUUUCCUAUACAACCAAGACGAAGAAUGGCCAAAGGCAACGUUUAACCACAAAACGACGGAAGAACUUCGACCACGACUGCUACUACACUACGUCGAAGAAGCCGGAGAGAUUUUACGACCCGAAAAUUAUUCCAGCUGGAUUCGCCUGCAGCGUGUAUUUGCAUACGUUUUGCGAUUCGUAGCCAAUAUGAAACGUAAAAGGAAUUCCGAACAAAAUUUGCGAGGGCCAUUAACAAGCAAAGAACUACGAACAGCUGAAAAUUACCUCUACAGACGCGCUCAAUUGGAGUGUUAUGGAGAUGAAAUGAGAAUGCUAUCAAAGCAGAAUAUAUCAUCAGGUAAGCCGAUUCUACCCAAGACAAGUCCGUUAUACAAACUUGGUCCCUUUCUUGACGCAAUCGGCUUGUUGCGCAUACAUAGUCGUAUCGAUGUGUGCGACUAUGCUGGGGAAAACACUCAAUUUCCGAUAGUCCUUCCCCGUAGUAAUUCUCUCACAAGGCUAGUGCUAAAAGAUAUCCAUGAAAAAUACCAUCACCAAUGUAACGAGACAUUCGUUAACGAAGCACGAAAAAGGUUUUACAUACCGAAAGUGCGCGUAGAGUGUAACAAAAUUCGCAGAUAUUGCCAGUAUUGCAAAAAUUACCAAGCUAAACCUGAACCACCGAUGAUGGCCAACCUACCUAAGGAGCGAUUGGCAGCUUAUGUACGACCAUUUUCAUAUGUGGGAGUCGACUACUUUGGACCUUACCAAGUCACGGUUAGACGACGCCCGGAAAAAAGAUGGGGAGUAUUGGUAACGUGCUUGACAACUAGGGCAAUCCACAUCGAAAUAGCCAAUUCUCUGUCAACCGAUUCGUGCAUAAUGGCCCUAAACAACUGCUUUGCUAGACGCGGAACUCCGAUACGAAUAAUUAGUGAUCGAGGUACAAAUUUUGUAGGGGCUUCGAAGGAGCUCAAGGAAGCUCAAGCAUUGAUUGAUAACCAUAAACUAGCAACAGAGUUCACUACACCAACUACAACGUGGAGAUUCAACCCUCCUGCCUCCCCACAUAUGGGAGGCGCUUGGGAACGUUUGAUUCAGACAAUCAAACGUAUUUUGGCUACAAUAAAAUUGAGUCACUCGCCUACCGAUGAAGUCUUGAGGAACCUAAUGAUAAAAAUAGAAAAUGUCGUAAAUAGCAGACCUCUAACGCACGUUCCUGUUGACGACGAAUCUUCGCCAGCCCUAACGCCAAAUCAUUUUUUGGUUGGCUCCUCAAAUGGUUCAAAGCCUCUUGUUCCUUACAACGACAGUGCUAGAGCAAUGCGACAAUCUUGGAAAACAUCAGAUAUCCUCGCAAACUACUUCUGGAAGCGUUGGGUUGAAGAAUACACCCCCGAAAUAACACGCCGCACAAAAUGGUUCAACCCUGCGAAACCAAUUGCCGUGGGGGAUAUCGUCGUAAUCGUGGAUUCUAGCCUUCCGAGGAACUGUUGGCCUAAGGGAAAAGUAAUUGCUACCCAGAUUUCCAAGGAUGGCCAGGUCAGAUCAGCGACGGUUCAGACCAUUUCCGGAAUCUACGAGCGACCUGCAGUGAAGCUGGCGGUGCUGGACAUCGCAGGAAACAUAAGUAUGCUGGACCGAGGACCACCUACUGGGGGGGAGUGUUGCGAACGCCCUUACGAUGUCGCUCAGCACCCUGCACAUACCGCGGAAGUGACAGCCGUCAAUAAGUGA